AUGGUAUCACCUCAAAAUUCUUAUCCGGUAACUCAAUAUCUUAUUGAACGGUAUUAUGAGAUACUUGGGGUUCCGUUACCAGAAGGUCCGAAUCUAGAACUUCAUAAGAAUAGUGAUGAACUUUUUGAUAUCAUAUCUGGUAAAAACGUAUCAAGGAGUGAAGAUUCUACUCCGGAUACAACGGUAACUAAUGAUGAAGAUAUAGAGAAUGAACAAAAGGGGGCUUGUAGUAUAAAUUUAGAGACCACAAGUUUAUUAGAAAAGAUAAAAGGCCUUGUUAGUUCAAUUACAUCAUGGAAUUUCUCAUACGAGAAAUCAAUUCAAAUUGGGGCUCUCUUAAAAGAAAGGGGUAAUGCAUUAUCUUUUCGUCAAUGGGAAAAGAUUGGACUUAAAUUGGAUUCACUUAUGAUGAAAUCAUCGUGGAAGUUCAAGACAGAAUCCAAUCUUUAUGAUUAUAAAUUAAUUACCGAAUUAACAGACAAAUUGGUCCUAUACAGAACUACAGAAGAUUAUGAAAAAUUAUUAUAUUUGAUACGUACAACUUGGGUCAGGAACCUAGGUGAGAUGUGUAACUUAAACCUUUACAGGCACUCUAAUAUUGGGACUAAAAAACUUAUUGAGACAUAUUUAAACGAAUCUCAAUUAGCAAUUGAUGCACUUCUUAAUAGAUCAGAUAUGGAGCCACAAUAUUUAUUAAGAAUUUUACAACAAACUAGAAGAAAUGUUGGAAGAACUGCUUUAGUUUUAAGUGGUGGUGCAACAUUUGGUCUUUUUCAUAUUGGAGUUCUUGCUGCAUUAUAUGAAGAGGAUCUUGUACCGAGAGUCAUUAGUGGUACAAGUGCAGGUUCUAUAGUGGCAAGUAUAUUCUGUGUUCAUACAAGAGAUGAAAUACCUGCAUUAUUAGCAAACGUACUUAACAUGCAAUUUAAUAUAUUCAAGGAUAAUAGAGAUCAAAGUAAUAGUGAAGAUUUUUUACUCAAAGUAGAUAGAUUCUUUAAGCAAGGAACAUGGUUUACAAAUAGACAUUUGGUCAAUACGAUGGUUGGAUUUUUAGGUGAUAUGACAUUUAAGGAAGCUUAUUAUAGAACUGGGAGGAUCCUAAACAUUACGGUAUCUUCAGCAUCAAUAUUUGAACAACCAAGAUUAUUAAAUAAUUUGACAGCACCGAAUGUUUUAAUAUGGUCUGCCGUGUGUGCGUCUUGUUCUGUCCCUGGGGUAUUCCCAGCAACACCAUUAUAUGAGAAGGAUCCUAAAACUGGUCAAAAGAAGGAAUGGACAGGAAAUAGUUCUGUUAAAUUUGUUGAUGGGUCUGUUGAGAACGAUUUGCCCAUUACAAGACUUUCAGAAAUGUUUAAUAUAGAUCAUAUUAUUGCUUGUCAAGUUAAUUUCCAUGUUUUCCCAUUUUUAAAUUUUUCUGUUAAUUGUGUCGGGGGUGAAGUUCAAAAUGAAAUGAGUGCAAGAUUCAAGAAACAUGUUAACAAUUUUUAUGAUUUUUUUACUGGAGAAAUCGUUCAUUAUUUAGAGAUUGGUAGUGAACUGGGUAUUGCUCGAAAUCUUCUCACAAAACUUAGAUCUGUGCUAUCACAGCAAUAUUCUGGGAAUGUAACAAUUUUACCAAAUAUGAGUAUGUUAUUGAAAUCGACUGAAUUAUUGAAUAAUCCAUCCCAAGAAUUUCUGUUGUACGAAACUGUCAAUGGCGCUCGGGCAACGUGGCCAAAAAUAUCCAUGAUUAAAAAUAAUUGUAGACAAGAGUUUGCUUUAGAUAAAGCAAUUUUCUUCUUAAAGGAAAAAAUUAUUAUGUCAACUUCUAUUAAGAAUCCUCUACAAUUCAGUGAGGCAACCAUCAGAGUCUCUGAUAUUCCAUCAAAUAAGGAUGAGGAAUCACCAUUACAAGAAAGUAAAGGUGCCCAUGUUGAGCAUACAGGUUCAUUGGAUGAUAACAUUGCUGAACCGGAAGAGCUGGACUCUUUAUUAAUCCAUCCAAACGAUGAAAAUAGUGAUCGUCGGGAGACAAGGUUAAGGUCAUUAAGUUUAAGAGAGCCGGUUUCUCUUUCAAAACGACCACCUAUCUUGGAAAAUCGAUCAUCUAUCAAUAUAAGGCGCACAUCUACACCAGUGAUUACAUAUGGUGUAUUGGCGGUAUCUACUUCUGCAAGAACUGUUAGUCCAAAGAAGCCAAGUGGAUCAGUAAUAAGACGGUCUCCGCGUAAUAUCGAUCGUAAUGACCAACGAAGAAAAGGGAGGUCUAGUACAAUUAUUACAUAUUCCACAACCUCUUCGGAAAACAGAUACUAA